GCGCCGAUAAAGAAGAUGAGUCAACUUCUUAGAUCACUGGUGAGAUCUAUCGUUUAAAGGUCCAGGAGACAAAGAAGUUUUAGGCAGUCUGCCUGAAACUAUUGAACUCUUGGCAUCAACGGGUGCUAGGUAUUGUUCGCCGUGCCUGGAAAGAUUCACCCGACCUCAACUAUAUAAGGCGACCAAUCCUUUCGAUUGAUUCGGUUGAUCAAUACGUGGCCGAUCAACAUCACUCGAUCAACCCACAACUAAUCCACCUCCACACACACACACACACACCUCACAAACAAUCCCCACAACAACAACAACCAUGUCCACAACACCAAACCCCCACCCCUUUACCGCCCCGCCAGCGGUAACCACCGUGCCCCGCGUGGGCAUCGCCGUCCUCAUCUUCGGGCGCUCCAAUCAAGUCCUGCUCGGCGAACGCAAAGGCAGCCACGGCGCCGGCACCUGGGCCCUGCCCGGCGGCCACCUCGAGCCCGGCGAGACGUGGGCGGCGUGCGCCGCCCGCGAGGUCCUCGAGGAGACCGGCCUCCUCGUCUCGCGGCUCCGCUUCCUGACGGCCACCAACGACGUGAUGGCGGCCGAGAACAAGCACUACAUCACCAUCUAUAUGGGGUGCACGCCGGCGCGGCGCGAGGACUGCCGGGCCCCGCCGCCCGUCAUGGAGCCCGACAAGUGCCGUGAGUGGCGCUGGGUGGAGUGGGAGGAGGUCACGCGGUGGUAUCGGCUGCAGAAGGAGGCGGAAGAACGUGCAAACCUCACUGCUGGGAAUCCCGCUGGGGGUUUGGCCCGGCUUGAACACCCGCUGUUCUUGCCGCUGAUGAACCUCUUUCGGCAGCAGCAGUAUUGGUUGCCGUUGCAGGAGUAUCAGUUGUUGAUGGGGUGGGAAGAGGAUCGGUAGAUGAUGGUUAGCGAAAUGAUGAGGGCUUAGAUAUUAUGAUUUUCUGAUAAUGGGAUUUCUCUCUAUGAUGUACUUUGUUUUCUUUGGUGUUUUGUAUCUUUAGACUUCGGACAUUUACUUUGCUCCAGGAGUUGAUUUUAUGUUCUGCACGGUGAGUAAGCGGUUCAUUUACUGACACAAUGGGUGCACAAUGAACCAUCAACUUGACUCCUCACUAUGGCAC